AUGACCCGGGGUAAUCAGCGUGAUACUGAUCGGGCCAAGGCCCAGAAGAAGCUUGCUGCCGGCAAGAACAAGAACACCAUGUCGGGCACCGAGUAUCAGAAGGCCAAGGAGGAUGCCGCCGCUAUCAUGCGCGAGAAGCAGCGCAAGGCCGACGAGAAAAGGCAAGCCGAAGCAGGAGCGAAAAAGAAAUAA